AUGGCCACGAACCCCGUCAGGGGCAUUGUUGUUUUCUCCGGAGGCAGCGCAGCGAACAGCCUCGUCGACGUAUUCAAUGCCGUGCGCAAAAACAAAAAUUGCCCGCUGAGCUAUAUUAUUCCCAUCAGCGAUAAUGGCGGCUCGUCGUCGGAAUUGAUCAGGGUGUUUGGAGGCCCGGGAAUCGGUGACGUUCGAAGUAGACUUGUCCGCCUUAUCCCGGACUGUCCUACAAAUCUGGAGCUAGCUGGCAUCAAAGCGUUUUUCAACUAUCGACUGCCACCUGCGGCUGACGCUGCGCAUGAUGAGUGGUAUUCCAUUGUUGAAGGAACUUCUCCUCUGUGGAAGUCCAUCACCCCAGCAAAAAGGGAACUCAUCCGCUCAUUCUUGAAUCACCUCAAUCUUGAGAUAUUGAAGCGUGCGCGACCGCCAUCUUCGACGUUUGACUUCACAUCAGCAAGUGUGGGGAAUCUGUUCCUCACAGGAGCUCGUCUUUUCAGCGGAAGUUUCGAAAGCGCAAUAUAUCUACUCGGAAGCAUAUGCUCCGUACCGCUGGAGGAUGUCCGGGUUACGCCAGCAAUCAACUCCAACUUCUCGCAUCAUAUAUCGGCCUCCCUAGCCGAUGGCACCGUAAUCGUCGGGCAGAAUAGCAUUUCUCACCCUAGCGAAACCACGGCGCUACAGCCUGUUCGGCGACGGCCAAGCCUCUUAUUAGCGGAUGGAGAGGAUUUCAGCUCUGAGUCUGAUGACCUCUCUUAUGAAGAUAGCCAUUUACCCGGCUCCCUUCCGACACUUCGCAACAAAAACAUCAACUUCACCAAGUCUGCUGUGGAAGAGCUCCCGAGCCGCAUUUCCCGUGUUUGGUAUAUCAAUCCAUAUGGCCAAGAAAUACGCCCACCUGCAAAUCCUCGGGUGCUGGAAGCUCUUCGCUCCUCCCAAGCUAUCAUAUACAGCAUCGGCUCCCUCUACACCUCCAUCAUUCCCUCCAUAAUCCUUCGCGGCGUUGGCCAAGCAAUAUCAACCUGCCCGGCACGCUACAAGAUCCUCAUCCUAAACGGCUCCCUGGACCGCGAAACAGGACCGUCAACCCAUCCCUACACGGCGUCCGAUUUCGUGGAAGCUAUCGUGCGUGCAGGCGAAGAGUCACGCGGACGAGGUCGCGGGCUGCAGAAAUUAAACGGCACAGUGGCGAUUCCCGAGUCGCACGCUCCCGUCAAAUCCGCGCCGCAGGGCAGCACUCCUGGCCUCUCACUGCCACACACGGCGUAUGUAACACACGUUAUUCAUCUUGAAGGGCCUGCAACUCCGCGCGUGGACCGUGAGCGUCUGAACGAGAUGGGCAUUGAGUGUGUACGAGUCUAUGGACGGAAGGUGGAAAGUCCGUCGGGGGAGGUGGUGGGAAUGACGUACGAUUCUACGGCGUUGACGCAAGCGCUGGAGGUAGUGCUGGGAAAAAGAGGUGAUGCGAUGGUUAGAGGCACGCUGGGCGAAAAGAGCAGGCGAAAUACGAUGGAAAGUAUGGCAGGAAAGUAA